CCUUUAUGUAUAUCGGAAUUAGGGUGUAUUUGCAACAUUUAUCAAGCAAUAUCUGUAGAGAUAAUUAUAUGUAAAUACAUUUUUAUUUUUACAAAGAUAAAGUAUCAUUCGCGGCCAGUUGUAAUCAUUUCAUUUUACUUUUAGUUGCUUGUAGACGUUAUCAUAAGCAUUCAAAAUGAUCUUAUUGAAAGGAAGUAGCUUAUUUAGCAUCAAAAUGCACCCAGUUCUGAACAAGCAAUUUCUCAAAGUGAUGGCGGCGGCAUAUUCUUCAAAAGUUUCCCUCAACGAUGUGGUGAUAGCCUCUGCUGUCAGAACUCCAAUUGGAUCCUUCAGGGGAAGCCUGGCAACGAUGUCAGCUUCAGAGCUUGGCGCCGUGGCUGUAAAGGCAGCCGUCGAAAGAGCCGGCAUUCCUAAGGAAGAAAUUAAAGAGGUGUACAUAGGCAAUGUUUGCUCCGCAAGUAUGGGUCAAGCUCCAGCAAGACAAGCAGUUAUUUUUGCUGGACUUCCCAAGAGUACAGUCUGUACAACUGUGAACAAGGUGUGUGCAUCAGGCAUGAAGUCUGUCAUGCUUGCUGCACAAGGACUACAGACCGGCGACCAAGAUGUAAUUCUAGCUGGCGGUAUGGAAUCUAUGUCAAACGUCCCCUUCUAUCUAAAACGUGGUGAAACCACAUAUGGAGGCAUGCAGCUGGUCGAUGGAAUAGUAUUUGAUGGCCUCACAGAUGUCUACAACAAAUUCCAUAUGGGUAAUUGUGCCGAAAAUACAGCCAAAAAAUUGGAAAUUUCAAGACAACAACAAGAUGAUUAUGCUAUUUCUAGUUAUAAGAGGAGUGCUGCUGCAUAUGAAAUCAAAGCUUUUGCUGAUGAACUUGUACCAGUUCCAGUGCCCCAGAAACGAGGAGCCCCACCAAUUAUCUUUGCUGAAGAUGAAGAGUACAAAAGGGUGAAUUUUGAAAAGUUUAAUAAGUUGGCCACAGUUUUCCAAAGGGAAAAUGGUACAGUAACGGCUGGUAAUGCCUCUACUUUAAAUGACGGGGCUGCAGCUCUUGUCCUGAUGACAGCCCAAGCAGCAGAAAGACUGAAUGUAAAGCCUAUUGCCAGGGUUGUAGGAUUUGCUGAUGGAGAAUGUGACCCCAUUGAUUUCCCUAUCGCCCCGGCUGUUGCCAUUCCAAAACUUUUGCAAAAGACUGGAGUUAAGAAAGACGAUGUAGCCCUUUGGGAAAUUAAUGAAGCCUUCAGUGUUGUGGCUGUUGCAAAUCAAAAGAUACUGGAAUUAGAUCCCUCCAAAGUAAAUGUUCAUGGAGGAGCUGUGAGCAUUGGCCACCCUAUUGGCAUGUCAGGUGCCCGUCUUGUGGUACACUUAUGCCAUGCUCUGAAGAAGGGAGAGAAGGGAGUGGCCUCUAUUUGUAAUGGUGGAGGUGGUGCAUCAUCCAUUAUGAUUGAAAAAUUGUAAGUUGGCUAUUCAUUGAUGGAUUGGCUGUUCAAUAACAAUUGUAUAACUGCUACUUGUGCCUUUAUAAGAUGAUUUGCUUUAUUGUGGUAGUCACUACUGUAUGACAGUAACAAUUUUGUUUGUGUGAAUAGAUGAAGUUUAUACCUUUUGAGUGUAAUAUGUUUUUAUGACUUUGUUAUUGAUUUAGUAUUUUAUGGAACAAUCUUUAUCACCUGUAAAUAUGUAUGAAAUGUAACU